AUGUUUAGAUUCUGUUUCAUUAACAUUUCUACUAUUCCAGACGUAAACGAGUGCACCGAUCCAGGAGUGUGUCCAGGUCAACACUGUGUUAACUUGGAGGGUUCCUUCCGGUGCCAAGACUGUCCCAUUGGGUACUCUUCUCCUGGCUGCAAGGAUCGUGACUGCCCACCGCAGUUCCAGAAAGUGGGAACAAAGUGCAUUUACAUUUCGUCGGCCAAGGCGAAUUUCCAGGAUGCCAAUGCCAAGUGUCGUGAUCUCGGCAAAGGAUUUGGCCACCUUACUAUUAUAGAAGACAAGCUUCUGUAUAAGAGAUUGACCAACCAGAUGGCUUUGGAACUAAAUUAUUGGAUAGGAAUCCGCAGUGAAGCCGACGGUUCACUGAAGUACGUAGACGGUAGACCAAUGCAAACCAACGCCUACAAUGAAUGGGAAACUUCCCCUAAGGCUAAUCCCAGCAUGCAGUGCGCAAUGAUGUCCGGCCCAAAGGACUUUGUGUGGAUCAUGCGCAACUGCGAUGAAUCGUUGCCCUUUGCUUGUGAGGCACCAAUGAAGAACAACCAACCUUUGAUUGGUUAA